AGACAAUAAGAAUAGGAGUGGAGUGAAGUGAGUGCUUCGUUGUACAUUCUUCUAACCUGAAAUCCAAUAAGUAUUAUAAUAAAUUAAAAAUGGAGUUAAAUGAAAAGAUUUUGCAUUAUUUGGAUAAGAGUGAUAAAGCGGAUACUUUGAAACUAGCAAGUGAAUUUAAUGAGGACCACCAGAAAAUAGUAGGCGCAGUCAAAAGUUUAGAAGCACUUGAAAUGGUUACUUCGGUAACUGCUAAGAGUAGUCGAUGGGAACUCACGGAAGAAGGCCAACUGGUCGCUGAGAAGGGAAGUCAUGAGGCAAUCCUAUACAGAAGUGUACCAGAUGCAGGAAUUCCCCAGGCUGAACUUAUGAAGAUAGUACCAAAUGCCAAAGUAGGCUUUAGUAAAGCUAUGUCUUCUGGCUGGAUACUUAUAGACAAGUCUGCAGCACCACCCCUUGUGAAACGGAAAGUUGACAACAUCGUAGAUACAGUGCAGGACCAUUUAAACGAAAUAAAGAAAGGCAUAGAUAACUUAGCAGAUAACGUAAGGAAUGAUUACAAGAAACGGAAACUCCUUUAUGAGGUUAUAGUGAAGAGUUUCGUAUUAUCGAAAGGGCCACAAUUUGCUACAACAAUUAAGAAAUUAGAGACUGAUUUAACAAGUGAAAUGUUGCUGACAGGGUCGUGGAAGACACUAGAAUUCAAGCCAUACAAUUUCAACGCUUUAGGUCAACCACCAGAAUGUGGUCAUCUCCACCCAUUACUCAAAGUGCGCUCCGAAUUCCGAGAAAUCUUCCUAGAGAUGGGCUUCACCGAGAUGCCCACCAACAUGUAUGUGGAGAACUCAUUCUGGAACUUCGACGCACUGUUCCAGCCACAACAGCAUCCCGCAAGGGAUGCUCACGACACAUUCUUUAUAUCUUCGCCGGCGACUAGUAAAGAAUUCCCAAUGGAUUAUCUGGAGAGGGUCAAGAAGGUUCACAGUGAAGGCGGUUAUGGAUCACAGGGUUACAAAUACCCAUGGAAAAUAGAGGAAGCCCAGAAGAAUCUGUUGCGCACGCACACGACCGCGGUGAGCGCGCGGAUGCUAUACAAGUUGGCGCAGGGAGAGUUCAAGCCGCAGAAGUACUUCAGUAUUGACAAGGUGUUCCGCAACGAGACACUAGAUGCAACCCACCUGGCGGAGUUCCACCAGGUGGAGGGCGUGGUGGCGGCGCGCGGACUGGGGCUGGCCGACCUCAUCGGGCUGCUGGACGCCUUCUUCACGAGGCUCGGCUUCCACCAGCUGCAGUUCAAGCCCGCCUACAACCCUUACACCGAACCCAGUAUGGAGAUCUUCGCGUAUCACACUGGCCUCGGAAAGUGGAUAGAAAUCGGUAAUUCAGGGGUGUUCCGUCCCGAGAUGCUCCUGCCCAUGGGCCUGCCAGAAGACGUGAAUGUGAUCGCGUGGGGCCUGUCCCUCGAGAGGCCCACCAUGAUCAAGUACGGGCUGAACAAUAUCCGGGACCUGGUAGGACCUAAAGUGGACCUGCAGAUGGUGCAGACCAACCCUAUUUGUAGGCUUGAUAAGUGAAUGUAUUUAUUUGAAGUAAGAAUGAUAUAUUUGAAGAUGUAUUUAUUCGUAACUUAUUGCAAUAAAAAUCUGUCGCAGA